AUGCGACCCGGGUACGGUGAUGGCUGCCUUCAAGCGCCACCUGGGUCUUCUGUGCCUCCUGGCUUUGGAGUAUCUGCACAUGUACAGAGAUGGCCACUGCAGCCAGCGAAGAUACAAGCGAGCUCUACAAGUCAGAAGACGACCUCGCCUGGCGCCAUUGCAAUCGGCGGUGCCACGGUCAGCUUUGCCAGUUCUACUGCAGCGCCUGGCCAGUUAUCCAUAGCGUCGUUUUACUCCCCCUCCCCGGCACCUCCGGCGUGCACGGGUGCUGCGCUGCUUGCUGGAUAUACGAAAAGACGAAAGACUGUGCAAAAGGCGGCUACCCUCUCUGCACUUAUGCGCCGUCAGGUGCAGGAUGUUGUACAGAUGGAGGAGGAGCAGCGGCUGUUGUCGCAGGCGUACCGUGGCCGGCAGAAGCUCUUGGGUCAUCAACCGCAAAUGUUCCCGCAGGCACAGCGGAAUCACAGAAGCUCAGUGGGCUCUGGGGAGGCAAGAGCGACUGGGAAGGAGGCUUUGAAGACAGCAGACAGUGUUGCUGCCGAGCCCCUAUCUAAGCCUGGCCUUCCUCUUCCCACCGAUUCAGCGUUGCCCGUCGGUGCUACCGCGGCAUCGCCCGACAAGAACAACCCCACAUCAUCUGCAGAAGCCGAUGUUGGACUUGUGUUAGUGAAUGCAUUCGACAUUAAGCAGUUCCUACAACAGCAGGCGCAGGAGAAAAGCGACACCCUGGCCAAGAUGCGCGGGAUGCAGCAAUCGAUCCUGGAACUCAGUGAGGAGGCCGCCAACGACGAGGAGCGGCAGUUGGCCCAAGAGCCCUAUGAGACCACUACCGCAGGGGCAGAUGGGCUCCGUGAGGCGCUUGCAGCUGACGACUCCGACGGCUUGACGACAGUUGACAACGCUGACGGACAGGCUCCUCUUUCAUCGGAGGUGAAAAACAAGAUGGAGGUGCUCCGGGAGUUGCGGAGAGUCUUGAAGGAGAUGCUGGACACCCACCAUACUCCUUUUGUGGCCGGGUAUUCGGCGAGUGGCAGAAGUGUCACGAGGUGCGCAACAGCAACAGCACUCUCAGGGGUGGCGUGGCUUGAGCAGGAUGCGACUUAUCGUCCCCCUGCGCCCUUGCAUGUGUUCAGCACGAACGCAUUUGCCGUCACCCUGGAGUACCUCAGCGACAGCAUCGCCUGCAUCGCACAUCUUGCCGACGAGGUGUGUGUCGCGACGACGUUACGCUCACGCACAGAUCCCGUGAAUUUGGUACCUCACUUGGACUCUCUGCGGAAGUGGAUUGCGCAGGCUGAGCGCUGCCUUGACACUGCGCAACGGCACCUUCGUCACUUCCAACUGGGCGAGGUGGCUUUACUUGAGGGAGGCCAGUACGAGGUGAACAGCUUGCGCGAGCAGACGCUCCUCUUGAAGGAAUCUCUGACUGCGCAGGAGCAGAAGGUGAAGACAAUGGAGGAGGCGAAGGUGUCGGUGCGGCAUCGUCUUCACGAGAUUAGGCGGCGUCGCUACCUCUGGGAGGCGCACCUUCUUUGCCACAGAGACGCCCUCCACGGUGAUGCCGCUUUUCAGGUAUGGAGCUCUGUAGAUGGAAUCAACAGUGGAGCAUCGCUGACGUGCAUUGACACCCCUAACACAGCGUUGGGGCCGAUGCUGAUGCAUAGGGGGGCGGACAUGGAUUCGGCCGAGCCAAUGGUGCCCGAUGACAACCCCCUUCUUUCAGCUUCGUGCACUGCGCGGGUGCCUGUAUCCGUCAAGUUGUCCUUCACUGCUGCUACGGAAGAGGAAGCCUCCUCCGCGGAGGCGACCAACGUUGCCACGCCGCCACGUCGGUCAACAUUGCGGAACGUCCUCCAUAGAGGCACUCCGAGUAUCAGAAGCAACAGUGGUGCCGUGUCACGACCGCUGUCCUCCUCGGCGCAGCGCACACCAUCGCCCCCGCUGUUCUCCAUCUACUCGCGUUCUCAUCAGCCGCGGACGACCACGCCUCUGGAACUCAUGGAGCAGCGAGUCGCUCGCUCGUGGUGCAACCCGUACGUGCGCAAGCAGUAUCUACGUCAGCGUGCAGAGCAGAUGUCAUCACAGGAGCAAUGUCGACUACAACCGACGCAGCAACAGCUGCAAGGGCGUGCAGUCGAGCAGGGGCAGUCUCUCGCGUGUGUCAGUGGCUCUUUCUCCGCAGACCUGAAGGACAGAGCUCACAAUCUGGUCGCCAAGACAUCGCGGGCGCCAACAUUGCGCCCCACCAGCUUCACCUCCUUUGACUCGGUUCGCGGCUACUCAUUCAUCUCCGCGACGACAGACAUCACCGCCACGGAAGAUGGUGCGACGAGUCGAGUUUCACUUGCGCGACUGGGGUCCCACGCUGAUGCCGGCCACGGAAGUUCUACUGCAGAUGUAAGGAGCAGUUCUAGCCCUGCCACGGACUUCAUGGCGGUGUCUGGGGCCAGCUCGGCAGCUGCUUUCGUGGAGCCGGUGACUGAUCUCGCCGAUGUGCGUGCACUUCAGCUGCUGCAGAGCUUGUUGCGUAGCGUACCCUCUACAAGUCAUGCCUUCCCUCAUGAGCACGCGGACAGUACGGGGAAUCACAACAACGUCGGUGGCGACGAUACUGUGGGCGACCCAUUGCUGGUGCGGUCAGUUCGCAUUGUUGUAACACCGGAUGAGGAGAAGCACGCUGCCAUACGGCAGAGCAUCGGGCGACUCAGCAGGUACUUGAUGACGUGCACCACGCGUCUCAUACCACCCCGGGAUUCCCUCCAAAAAUGA